GCAAUGUAGGUCAGAGAUUUGUCAGUUGGAAGAGAGAGGAAGUUAUUAUAAGGCUAGUGAGAAAAAAGUUUGCUGAAUUAGAGAUCAAAUGCCAAUUCUGAGAGUCAGAAGUUCUACUUCCCAUUGAAAUGCUGCUUCUGCCACUUCUAUUGCUAGCAGUUAUUGUCCCAGGUGGUGACAAUGAGGAUGCAUUCCAGGGGCCGACCUCCUUCCAUCUCAUCCAGAUUUCGACCUUUGCCAACAGCACCUGGACUCAAAAUCAAGGCUCAGGCUGGUUGGAUGAUUUGCAGAUUCAUGGCUGGGACAGUGACGCAGGCACUGCCAUCUUCCUGAAGCCCUGGUCAAAGGGCAACUUCAGUGAUGAGGAGGUGGCUGAGAUGGAGGAACUAUUCCGAGUCUACUUCAUUGGGUUCACUCUGGAAGUGCAGGAUAUUGUAAGUGAAUUCCAGUUUGAAUACCCGUUUGUGAUUCAGGGCAUAGCAGGUUGUGAGCUGCGUUCUGGGAAGGCCAUACAAAGCUUCUUGAGAGCAGGUUUUGGAGGACUGGAUUUCAUGAGCAUCAAGAAUCGUUCAUGUGUGCCUGAGCCAGAGGGAGGCAGUGAUGCGCAGUGGUUUUGUGUAUUCAUUACUCAGUACCAAGGCAUCUUGCGUAUCAUAGACACACUUCUCUCAGAAACCUGCCCCCGAUAUCUCCUGGGUGUCCUUGAUGCAGGGAAGGCGGAACUGCAGAGGCAAGUGAAGCCUGAAGCCUGGCUGUCCAGUGGCCCCACUCCUGGGCCUGGCCGCCUACUGCUGGUCUGCCAUGUCUCAGGAUUCUACCCAAAACCUGUGUGGGUGAUGUGGAUGAGGGGUGAGCAGGAGCAGCCUGGCACUCAGCAAGGAAACAUCAUACCCAAUGCUGACUGGACUUGGUAUCUCCGAGUAACCCUGGAUGUGGUGGCUGGGGAAGCGGCUGGUCUGAGUUGUCGAGUGAAGCACAGCAGUCUAGGAGACCAGGACAUCAUCCUGUACUGGGGACACCCCAAGUACAUUGGCUUGAUAUCUGUGGCAAUAAUAGUGCCCUCCUUGAUUCUUUUGAUAUGUCUUGCAUUAUGGUUUUGGAGGCGUUGGUGAGUUUUCAUUUUUAAUCUUUCCUUUCUGUCCAUUCUCUCACUCGUUCCCUCCAUUUAGUCUACUACAUCAUUCUACUCUCAGCAUUUCCAUCAGAACUUUUCCCCUUUCUGCCCAACUCACUUUUUAUGUAAAUCUAUUUUUUUAAAGUUAUGGUAAA